AUGUGUAUUUUACUCUUGUUUUUAUUAAUCAUGUUAAUGAGUGCUUUUUUAAUUCUAAAUUGCCUAAAACCUUACAAAUUUCCACCAGGUCCAAAAUGGUUACCAUUUAUUGGUUGUAUUCUUGAACUUCAAAAAAGAAAAAAAAAAUCCGGUUAUACUUAUCUUGUUUUUAAUGAAUUGACUGAAAAAUAUGGCCAAAUAUUAGGAUUAAAACUCGGUUGUCAAAAGUUUGUAGUUGUGUCAGGUAAUAAUUUAAUAAGAAAAACCCUCAUGAUAUCUGAGUUCCAUGGAAGACCUGAUGGUUUUUUCUUCCGAGUUCGAGCAUUUGGAAAAAGGAAAGGUAUCGUAUUUGCAGACGGUCCACUUUGGUAUCGAAGCAAACGUAAUACGAUAAAAUAUAUAUCACACUUUGGAUUCGGACAUGGUUUAGGCAAUAAAUAUUUAAAAGAAGAAGCAGAAAUGUUAAUCUGUCAUUUAAAGAAAAAAACUCUAAAUGGCACUAAAAUGAUCGAAAUGAAUAAAGUUUUUGAUAUUGCUGUCCUUAAUUCCUUAUGGAUUUUACUUGCAGGAAAACGAUUUUCUUAUGACGAUUCUAAAGUUGAAAAUAUUUUAGCCACUGUUCAUGAAGCUUUCAAAUCGAAUGAUACUUUGGGAGGAAUUAUUUCUCAUUUUCCGUUUCUUCGAUUCAUUAUUCCAGAAUUAUCAGGCUACACUAGUCUUAUGAAAGUUCUUCAUACGCUUUGGAACUUUAUCGAUGAUGAAAUAGAAAAUCAUUUGAAAGAAUUCCAGUUUAAUCAACCUGCAAAUAAUUUUAUUGAUGCUUAUCUUCUCGAAUCAUAUGAUGCAAAUUCUAAACAAUGUUUGUUCGAUCGUAAAGAAUUAAUUGUAAUUUGCUUGGAUCUUUUCAUGGCUGGUUCAAAAACAACAAUUGAUUCUUUAACAGCUAUAUUUGCACUUGUCUUUCAUCAUCCAGAUUGGAUGAAAACUUUAAGGAGUGAUCUUGACACUGCUGUUGGGCAUAGUAUACCAACACUCGAUCAUAUUCCAGUAUUGCCUCGUAUUGAAGCGUUUUUGUCCGAGGCAAUGAGAGUACUAGUUCUUACACCUUUAGGCCUUCCUCACAGAACAACAGAAAAUGUUUCGUUAGAAGGUUAUCACAUUCCGAAAGAUACUGUUAUUCUCUUCAAUCUGCACAGCGCAAAUAACGAUGAAUCGUGUUGGGAAAAACCAGAAGAAUUUCGUCCUGACCGGUUUCUUGAUGAAAACGGACGAUAUCAUCGUAGAAAUGAAUUUAUUCCAUUCGGAUUAGGAAAACGAAGAUGUUUAGGGGAAAUUAUGGCGAAAUCAUUAAUUUUUUUGUUUUUUACCAAUGUACUUCAUAAUUUUGAUCUGGAAAUACCAAAAGGACAUAAAUUACCACCAUUAGAUGGUAUUGAUGGUUUUCUUAUAUCUCCAAGACCUUAUUUUACUAAUUUCAUGUUUUAG